AUGUUUCGACUGUUUGUCAUCGCUUGUGUAUUCAUAUUUGUUAAUGGACAACCGACUACUAACGUAAAUCAAUGUCGUCAAAAUGAUGGUGGAUUACCUCUUCAUAUAUAUAUAGAUGGCUGCAUUGACCCACCCUGCCUAGUGGUGACGGGUGGGGAUGUGGUGGUCAACGUUAUCUUUAAAGUUCCUCGUACAACUCGCAGAAUGACUACCAGAGCAUUAGUUUUUGGAUUGAGACCUUAUGAUCUUGAGGAGUAUGCAAUAACAUGCAACUUUCUUCAGAACACAUAUUGCCCAGUUUACAGAGAUGAAGUAGUUGAAUAUACCCUUCGUAUGCACGUAGAGUCGUGGUUUCCAGCUGUCCCGUAUGUUCCUAUAAUGUUUCAAGUUAUAGACGAAAGACAAGCCCCUAUUUGGUGUAUCAACACUGCGAUCGAAGUGAUAAAACCGUCAAAAACCAUAAACAAUGAGACAUUGAUAAAAUAAAAACAUUAUUACAUCGAGAAAAAUUGUAUCUACGUAAUUUUUUAUAGCAUAGUCAUGAUAUAACGCAACGCACCUCGCGCUCUGAUUGGGUACAGGAAUCGCGAUGAAUAUAGAGUUCAUUUUUGAUUUUAACGUCUUAUUUUAAUUUAUAUAUAAAUUAUAAUAGGAUGCAAUAAUAAAUUAGUGUAUAUUAUUAUGUAUAGUAUAAGGUUUAAUGUGACCAACUAAUGUAUGAUUCUCACCUCUCUGACACAUUUUUAUAAAUACAAUUAAUGUAAAAGAAAAAAAAGGAAAAGAAAAAUCUUUAUUAUACAUAAUAACAAAGAAAUUUUGGUAAAAUAAAGUGCAUUAGCCCCCACAA